GUUUUGACUCUUUGCUUAACAAAGCAAUUUAACGAAUUGCACUUUGUUCGAAUUUAGUUCAGUUGUCCGCAACAGCGUGCGAUUGUUUUGAUGAUUCGGAGCGCGGCCAUGUCUGUCUAGUUCAAUUUAUUGCACUCCUGUGGGGUUGGAGGGUAACGCGCCAUUUGCCCGCCCUCCCCGCUUCUCUCUCUCUCUCUCUCUCUCUCUCUCUCUCUCUCUCUCUCUCUCUCUCUCUCAUGAGUAUCAUCAAGUUCGGAGUUGCGACUGAAUCAACAAACCCUAGCCCUGACGGGGAGCUGAAGAGACGAACUAUUGAUCUGGGAGACGGAAGCGAAAUCGUCCACAUUCCACGAUUCUUACCGUGCGAUGAGUCCUGGAAACUGUUCGAGUACCUCGACAAGGAAAUUCCCUGGUCCAGGCCUACCAUUCGCGUCUUCGGCCGAUCCAGCGUUCAGCCUAGAGAUACAUGUUAUGUUGCAAGUGAAGGAUUGCCAGAACUUAGUUAUAGUGGGUAUCAGCCUCAUGCGUACUCUUGGGACAACUAUCCUCCACUAAAGGACAUUUUGGAAGCAGUCCACAAAGCCCUUCCUGGGAGCAGUUUUAAUAGUCUACUCUUAAAUAGAUACAAAGGUGGCAAUGACUGUGUAGGUUGGCAUUCUGAUGAUGAGAAGCUUUAUGGAUCAACUCCAGAAAUUGCAUCUGUGUCGUUUGGAUGUGAACGUGAGUUCAUAUUGAAGAAGAAAAUGAGCAAAUUGUCCCAAGCAAGGAGAUUUGAGGUUGAACCUGCAAGCAAGCGAGCAAAAAAGGCUAGUAGUCAUGUAGAUCAACACUCAUUUACAUUGAAGCAUGGAUCGCUGUUGGUGAUGAAAGGCUACACACAACGGGAUUGGGUUCACUCUGUACCCAGGCGUGCAAAAGCUGAGGCCACCCGAAUCAACCUCACCUUCAGGCUUGUAGUUUGACUGGCUGUGAUUAAAGGAAAUAGCCAGGCUUUAACUGGUGUAUUGACUUGGUGGUUGGGCGAAUCAACGAUGAUGGGGGCUCUGGGGAACCUAGGAUUCCACAUGGGCAAUGAAAAAUUCUCAUCAACACCCGAUAGACCACAGCUGCUGGCUGCUCCUGGCAGCGAGUUUUUUUAUUUUUUAUUUAUUUAUAUAUUUUUCAAACCAUCUUCUGUCAGUUCCUCAUUUAUAAGCGCUGGGCUUCAGUUUUGCUGUCUAUGGCAGUUCUUUCAUGCUUCAGUUUCUUUUUCUGCUGUAAUUUUGGAACCAGAAUGCCUGUAACAUGCUUGGGGUUAAGGGUGAAGGCUUGCUCAACUAUGAUUUGUAUGUACCAUAUUUGUUAGUUAAAUACAUUUAUGUUACUAUGCGUUUUAAUA